ACUGUCUGAUUAUUAUAAGUGCUUUCUUGCUGGAUUUUGAGUUUACUUUUUCUAAAUACGAGUAUACAUGAGGCUAGGCGCUUAUUGCAGACCUACCUGAACACUACAGAUCGUACUUAUCGUAAGCUAAUAGCGUUUUGCACCGUAUUUUCAGAGCUGUGCUUUUAGUUUAGCGAAUAGUAGAGUGUGCAUUGUCUAACUUUCAUCUGAAGGGCUGUCAUAGAUGAAAAUCUUCACAUGUCCAGUUCAGAAUUUGGUAACUUCAUCCUAAAAAUGGGUCGGUUUGGAAAUGGUAUACUUCACCACUUCGUCCCCGCCGUCUCCACCCCUGCCCAAGCAACAUGUCAGUCUCAGCAACAACAAGAAGCGCUUACCGUCUCUUUGUCGCUUUCGUUACCUCCGCCGUGCACGCCGUCCCGGUUUUCAUGCGCUCCGACGUUUCUUCAAGCACAACUGCCCGUGCCCGAUUCCGUCAGUUGAA